AUGGCGGGAGGCUUUGGGGUGUCGUCCGGAGGCGGAGAAUUUGAAGCCAAGAUCACGCCUCUGGUUGUCAUUUCUUGCAUAAUGGCAGCUAGUGGUGGACUAAUGUUUGGUUACGAUGUUGGAAUUUCAGGUGGUGUUACAUCAAUGCCCGACUUUCUGAAGAAAUUCUUCCCAGUUGUAUACAAGAAGACACAAAGUCCAGGACUUGAGAGUAACUACUGCAAAUACGAUAAUCAAGGGCUACAACUAUUCACAUCAUCGUUGUACCUUGCGGCUUUAUUAGCAACAUUUGUUGCAUCAUACACAACCAAAAUGCUAGGCCGAAAGCUAACCAUGUUGAUUGCUGGGAUAUUCUUUUGCGUUGGAACAGUUUUUAAUGCUGCAGCUCAUAACCUUGCGAUGCUCAUUAUUGGAAGGAUCUUACUUGGUUGUGGUGUUGGAUUUGCAAAUCAGGCGAUUCCACUUUUCCUAUCUGAGGUUGCACCAACAAGAAUUCGUGGAGCACUUAACAUACUCUUCCAGCUCAAUAUUACGAUUGGAAUUCUGGUUGCAAACCUUAUCAAUUAUGGAACAUCCAAACUAACUGACGGAACGGGAUGGAGAAUAUCACUAGGUUUGGCUGGCGUUCCCGCAGUUCUACUAACUGUGGGGUCUCUUAUUGUGGUAGACACCCCUAAUAGUUUGAUCCAAAGAGGUAAGUUGGAGGAAGGCAAAGCAGUUCUUAGAAAGAUCCGAGGCAUUGAGAAUGUGGAUCCAGAAUUCUUAGAGAUAGUUGAGGCAAGUCGUGUGGCUGCGGAAGUGAAGGAUCCCUUCAGGAAUCUUUUUAACCGUAGGAACAGGCCUUCGCUGAUCAUUGCAAUAUUGAUGCAGGUUUUCCAACAAUUCACUGGAAUUAAUGCAAUCAUGUUUUAUGCUCCAGUCUUGUUCCAAACCUUGGGAUUUAAGAGUGACGCCUCUCUCUAUUCAGCUGUCAUAACAGGACUUGUCAAUGUCCUCUCAACUGUCGUGUCAAUCGUCAUUGUCGACAAAGCUGGUCGCCGAAUGCUCUUGCUAGAAGCUGGUGUUCAAAUGUUCCUCUCGCAAAUGGGAGUUGCCGUGAUUAUGGGAUGGAAAGUUAAGGAUACAACUAACAACCUCGGACAUGGCUUGGGAAUACUUGUGGUGAUUUUGAUCUGCAGCUUUGUGGCAUCGUUUGCAUGGUCUUGGGGACCUCUAGGUUGGUUGAUCCCUAGUGAGACGUUUGCCCUAGAGGCUCGUUCUGCUGGACAAAGUGUUGCUGUGUUUACAAACAUGCUCUUCACAUUUGUUAUAGCACAGGCUUUCCUCUCGAUGCUUUGCCACAUGAGGUACGGCAUAUUCUACUUCUUCUCAGCCUGGGUUCUUCUCAUGACACUCUUUACAUUAUUCUUAAUUCCGGAGACCAAGAAUGUUCCUAUUGAAGAGAUGACUGACAGAGUAUGGAGGAAGCACUGGUUCUGGAAGAGAUUUAUGGAUGAGUGGGAUAUGGAUGCACCCAAGGGCCAUGCUUGA